AUGGAGGACAAAGCUGAAAAAGGACAAGCAGCAUACAUCGCUCCAUUGUCCACAGCACCAGGCAGCGAAGCGGCGACUGAAGAUGAGAUCCGGGAUAUGGAACAUGUCACUGCCUGCCUGCCGGCGCGGGUUUGGCUUGCUGCAACGAUUGGAAUGGCAGAGCGGUUUGCGUACUAUGGCACACAGAAGAACUAUCUCCAGAACAGCCUAGAUGACCUCAUACCUGGCGCGAUGGGAUUAGGAAAGACUCAUGCUACCACGGUCAAUUUGGCUUUCACCGUUACAGUGAAUCUGUUGUCAUUGCCGGCGUCAAUCCUGGUUGAUGGACGUCUAGGGAGAUAUAAAGCUUUGCAGAUCUUCACUGGAAUCUAUGCUCUAGGGUCUGCAAUCCUGUUCGGCACUUCAUUUCCCUCCGAGAUGAAGAGCGGCGUUUCUCGUAUAGGGUUCAUAUUUGGAAGUAUUCUGAUCGCUGUGGGACUGGGCGGUGUUCAAGCUUCAGUACAGCCUUUCAUUGCGGACCAAUAUACAGAGCAAACUAUGCGGAUAAGGAUCAGGAAGAAUGGCCAGCGGGUGGUCGAAAGUCGCGAACUGACCAUCCAGUAUAUCUACAAUGUGUACUUUUGGAUGGUGAAUGUCGGGUCACUGGGGAUCAUUGCUACCACGUUGAUGGAAAAGUAUAUUGGCUUCUGGUCCGCGUACCUGCUGGGUCUGUGUGCCGUCGUACUUGCCGUGGUGAUUGUCCAUUUAGCAAGACCAAAGUUUGUUCAUCCUGUCCCACAAGGCUCUGUUCUUCCACGUGCAGCUCGCUGCCUAUGGUAUGCUACCCGGGAUGGCUUCAGCUUGGACGCCGCUCGGCCAGAGUACCAGCUAGAGAAGCACCAGCGAGUGGUGCCAUGGGACAAGGACUUUAUUUCUGAGCUUCGGAGUGCCCUGUCUGCAUUCAAAAUCUGCAUUGGAUGGCCCAUUUUCUGGGUAUGCAUGGGACAGGGUGCUCAAGUCUCAAUCUCGCAAGCCGGACAGAUGGAAACCCACGGCAUCCCCAAUGACCUGAUCAAGACGUCGAACCCGAUCCCCUACGUGAUUUUCGGCGUGCUCAUCCAGAAACAGCUCUAUCCUCUUCUCCGACGACGCAAGAUCCACUUCAGCCCCGUCAACCGCAUCAGUCUGGGAUUCUUCAUCAUGUCCGUGGCCAUGGCGUAUUCCGCAGUCGUGCAGGCAAUCAUCUAUCGCUCCGGUCCAUGUUACUCCCAUCCACUGUCGUGCGCUGCAUCAGGUGGCCGCACCCCGAACCAAGUGCAUGUUUUGCUUCAGCUACCGACUUUUGUGAUCAUCGCCCUGGCCGAGGUGUUUUGCUGGCCCACUGGAUCAAAGUGCACGUAUUUGCAUGCCCCGAAGAGCAUGAAGUCGGUUCUACAGGCGUGCUAUAUCAGCACUGCUGGAGUCGGAUAUCUGUUAGGAAUGGCUUUGUCGCCGCUGGCUAAGGAUCCUUUACUUGUGGUGCUAUGGUCUGUGACGGCCGGGAUGAUGUUCCUGACAGCUUGCGCUUUUCGAAUCGCAUUCCGGAAGUACUAG